AGUUAAUAAAGUAAAAUUUCGCAGUAUUUAUUUUCUUAUUUCUUAAGGUUUUUUGCGAUUGUCUAUUAUUAUUUAUUUCAUUAGAAUUUAGAAUUACUGUUUAUGAAUUUAGGAUUUUUCACAUCUACCUAUUACUUUUGUCGAUUCAUUUUAGAUAUCAAGUGUUAACAUUCAUACCUACAAACGAUUUGUUCAAAAGUGUUGUCUUUGUAAGCACAAUAUUCACAAUGAAUAGAAUAUUAUACCUUGUCUCUGGAACGCACUUGAUACUCUCUCAAUUCACCAAAGUCGAGGAGAGCUUCAAUAUUCAAGCGAUCCACGAUAUUUUACACCAUAAAACUAAUUUAUCACAGGUGUGUUUAUGGAAUUCCGUUGGAAAAUAAAAAUUGUAUUUGGUACCUACUUACUAUUGCCUGAUGUAAAUAUUUUAACAUAUAUUCUAUAGAAAAGAAAGAUAGCUUAAUUUAUUAAAUUUUGUAAUUUGUGUAUUACAAAUUGUAAAUUUAAGUCACUUUUUAAAAAAAAUGUUUUAAAUGUUAUUAAAAAAAAAAAUAACUCUUCUAAUUCAUACUAUACAGUGAAUUCAAUUGAGCAACUAUUUAUUAAGUACCCAUUAUAAUAUUUAUUUUGUGAAAGCAAUCAUCAUUUUUACAUUGGAGCUAAAAAUUGUGCAAUUAUUAUACUUACCUAUAUUAAUAGGUAAAGAUUUUUAUUAACUUGUCAUGAAUAAAAAUAUUUUUUUUCUUAGUAUGAUCAUUUAGAAUUUCCUGGAGUGGUACCAAGAACAUUUUUGGGGCCUAUAUUGAUAUCUGUGCUAUCGUAUCCAAUUUUUUUUUUUAUAAAUUAUUUAGAAUACUUCAAUAAAUUUAUAAACCAACUACUUGGUAAGUGGCUAAUAAUAAUUUAUACAAAUGCGUAAAUUUAUAUUUUUUUUAUUUUCAGUCCGUGCAAUAUUAAAUUUGAUUGUUGUUGAAAGUAUUAAGCACUUUCAUAAAACUAUUGAGAAAAUCUUUGGAUCAGGUGUUGGUAAUUGGUUUUUAAUUAUAACUUCAACACAAUUCCAUGUGAUGUAUUAUUCAAGCCGUCCACUCCCAAAUAUUAUGGCUUUUCCAUUAGGUCAGUAUUUACUUGUAUACAAGUAUUAUAUUUAUGGAACUAUUAUAAUAAUAUAUAUAUUUUUAAUUUAGGUAUAUGAAAGUUAUUGAACAGGUUAUUAUAAAAUAUUUUAUUUUGAUAACUGGUUAUUACAAUAAUUGUAUUGUAAAUGUUAAUAUAUUUUAUUAAGAUAUAGGUUAGGUAUUACAUUAAAUCAAUUUUUCUGUUAAGGAAAUAGUAAUGAUAGCAAUUAGUUCAUGGAUCACAGGAAAGUAUAAAACUCUUAUAUGGAGUUCAGCGGCUGCCAUUUUAAUAUUUCGUUCAGAAUUGGUUAUUUACCUUGGAAUUAUUUUGUUGAUUGAAUUAUUUUAUAAACGAUUAACUAUACUUAGGUACGUAUGUUGAAUAUUUUUUAACUUAAUUAAAUCUAAUAUUUUGAUUUAUGUCUAGAGGAUUGAAAAUUGGAUUUGUAGCUGCUAUUGUGGUUUUGACUACAAGUGUAAUUAUCGACUCUAUAUUUUGGCGUCGUCUCGUGUGGCCCGAAGGAGAAGUUCUAUUUUUCAAUACGAUUCUUAAUAAAAGCAGUCAGUGGGGUGUAUCCUUUAUAAAUUACAUUUUAAAAAAUACAAUGGAACCUAGAUAAGUUAAAAUUCAAGGGAAAUGCAAUUCAAAGUUUUCAACUUAUUGAGGUUCCACUAUAAAUGAUUUAAAUUUAUAUUAUGUAAAACAUAAUUUGUAAGGGUCUUAGUAAAAAUCAAACUUUUAUCAUGAGAUUUGAAGAGGAAAAUAUUUUCAGAACCUGUAGUAUACUCUUUUUGUAAAAUAUUGUCUAGUACUGUAUCUAUUUGAAAGUAUUUUACAAAAAUUCUGUGUCAAAAUCUCUAAAAUAUUCAUUAAAUAUAUACUAGAUUUUUAAACUCUAAUUUCAAUUGACACUAUAGAGUUAAUAUGUUGGUAUUAUUUGUUUCUAAUUUAUAACAAGAAUAUUAUAAUUAGGUAUUUGUAUUAAUUAUUAUUUAAUAUUUUUAGUAUAAUUAACCAACUAUUUUCUAUAUAAAAUACAUAGUAUUAUAAUAACUACUUUAAAAAUAUUUAUAUGUCUGGUUUGGGGGAUAUUUUUAAUAAUUUUUGAAAUUAAAAGAUGUUGUUAUUUUAUCUUACAACAAUAUAUACAAUUUAAGUUUAAAGCAUUUAAAAAUAUCAAAUAUUUAUACAAAAAAUUAAAUUAGAUAAUAGAACCUAUAACAAGACAAUCAUACUGUGUUAUUUUGCAUAUUAAUGACUUUAACAUUUUUCUUAAUAAUCAAUAAUAUAGACACAGCCAUUUUUAUGGUAUUUUUACUCUGCAAUACCUCGAGGAAUUGGAUUUUCUCUAUGUUUCAUCCCUUUGGGUAUGAUUUAUGACAUACGAGUUACAAGACUUGUUUUACCAGCUUUGAUGUUUGUACUAAUCUAUUCAAUCCUGCCUCAUAAGGAAUUGCGAUUUAUUAUUUAUGUAUUUCCUGUAUUAAAUAUCUCGGCAGCAUCAUAUUGCAAUAGAAUGUAAGUUUAAAAUAUAAUAUCCAAUAAAUGUUCAAUUAGUAGAAUUAUUUAAUUUCUAUUUGGCAGAUGGCAGACUAGAUUUAAACCAAAAGGAUUAAAAAAUUUAAUUGCUCUAGUUUUUUGUAUAAGUCACAUUAUUGGAAAUUUAACUUUUACAAUAAUUCUAUCAAGUGCUGCUAUUCAAAAUUAUCCAGGAGGUCAUGCUAUGUUAACGCUUCAUAAAGUUGAACACAAAAAUCUGAAUGCAAAUUACUCAAUUCAUAUUGAUAAUCUUCCAGCACAAACAGGAGUUACACGAUUUACCCAAUUAAGUAAUCAGUGGACGUAAGUUAUUUAAUUUAUCUAUUUAAUCAAAACAAUUUUUGUUUUUCUUCACAUUGAAAUAAUGUCAAAAAUGUUUAAAUUUUAAUUACUGAAGUUCUUAAUUAUAUACAUGUAUGUAUUACAAAUGUGAAACAUUUGAUAUUUAUAUACAUUAUAAUUUUCUACUAACAAUAUUAUGCAUACCUAUCUUCUAACAUAGUUAAUGAUAAAACUUAAAUUAAGAAUAAUAAAUCAUUUGUAGAAUUUUAACAUCUCUAAAAUUCUUAAUUUUGGAAUUUAAUAUACAUUGAAUUUUAAUUCUAUUAUUUAUUAAAAAUAAAUUUAAUUGUUAGAGUUUUUUUGCUGUAAUUCGGUUAUAAAUACACGUAGAAACUUGAAACUUGGUAAUAAUACUCAUAUUGGACUUACCUAGAUGUGCUAAAAUUUUCAAAAAUCAUCAUUAUAUGAAAAUAAAACGAAUGUUUAAAAAAAAAAUUUAAAAAAUGAACUGCGAAGAAAGCAAAUGAAAUUGAAGAAAUAAUAUGAAAUAGAAAAAGAUACAGACAUACUUGGUACGAUGGGUAGGCUACUGUUUUAAGUGAGAAGUUUGGAAGGUAGUAGAGGGGAAAUUCAAUGUAUAUCUAUUACUCAUUACACUCAUUACUGUACACACUCAUUAACCAUUGCUUAUGAAAAAUGAUUCUGAGUAGAGUUUGGUUGACAGUGUUGUUUUGUCAACAAUAUAUGUCAUAUUAUGGUAAAAUAAUUACAUGCAUUCUAUUUUCUUUAAUACUAUUUUUUAAAUUGUAUACCUGCUUUUCCAGGUUUUUACUGGUUUUCUCAUUUUUUUCCCCGAUUUUUCCAAUCAUUGGGAAAACUGGGAAAAUUUAAAAUUAACCUUUUUAAAGUACCACCUCAGUCAAAUUUACUUCCAAACAAAUUACUGUCAUUGUAAAUUGGAGAACAAUUUCUAGUAGAAAAGUUGUUCACAGAUAAAAAAAAAUAAGAAAUAAACAUCAUUGUAAAACUAAAAACAUUCCUCCCUACUCUCAGAAUCUAAAAUGAAAUUGAUAGAAAUAGCAAUCUUAUAUUGAUCUAACAAUAAUGACUGAUAUUCUAUCAUAACUGUUUUUUCAUCAAAUUUCAAUUUUUUAUUUCAUAUUAUUUCUAUCUUUUAUAUAUUAGUUUUGUCCACAGUUCUAUUUUUUUUUAAUGUUUUGUAUUUAUUAUUUUAAAAAAUAGAUAUAGCAAAAAAGAACAUUUAAAACCUGGAUGUGAAGAACUAAUGUCUUUUACACAUUUAGUUAUUGGAUCAAGCCAUAGAGACAAUGAAGAAAUGUUACCAUACAAACACAGUCAUCAUAUAUUGUUCUCUGUGUCAGGAUUUUCAUAUGUUUCUUUGAACUAUAAUACUUUUCCUCCACUUAAAAUUAAAACUAAAACACAAAUAUUUGUAUUGAAAAAAAACACUAUUAAAUCAGGAGUUAAACAAACCAUAAAAAGGAUUAAGGAAGAAUUCAAAAAUGCUCCAGAGAAAGACAGUAAAAUUGAUUUGCAAAAAAGUUUAAAACAAAAAUCGAAAAGCCAGAUAAAUGACUAAUUUAAAAACUUUAUGUGCUUUUUAUAUCUUGUAACCAAUUAAAUAAAAUAAAUAAUAAAUUAUAGUUAAAGUUAUCAUAUUGUAAUUAACCUGUAUAAUGUAAUUUACAGUUUAAUUUUAAAUUUGUAUUUAUUUUAUUAUGUUUGGCUUUAUUGAAUAAGAAAAUGAUUGUAUAACAAUUUCUGUGAAAUAUGCAAAUGAUUAGUUAAGAUAACAUAUUUAUUAUUUAGGGUUGAUUUGUAAUUUGAUUUUAGUUAUAAACUAUCACCACACUGCUCUGAGUUCCAUUACUGUGCUGUAUAUAACUAACUUUAUAUCUACUUGAUAACUAUUAAAUUACAGUCUACUGUAUACAAUUGUAUACAGAAAAGUAACACUAAAAGUUAGUGUUAAAUAUUUGCUGUCUAUAAUAAUUUGUU